AUUUUAACUUUUAGUGACGCAAGCACUUGUUCCGGAGGUGGGAUGGCUUUUACUUUGAAGCGAAUGCACGUUUUGUGCAGAAAUGCACGAUGCAAAUCAUUUCUUGGGAGUGUCAUUCGCCGUGCACAGUUGUCAACAUUAGAUAGUGUGAAAAACAACGAACAAUGCAAAUUAGAAUAUCUUAGCGGCGAUAACAAAGGUAUUGCUGUUAUUUGUAUGAACAGACCAGAAGCAAAAAAUGCCCUGGGGAAGCAGUUUUUGAGAGAGUUUUCAGAUUGUGCAGAAGUUGUGAAAUUUGACAGAUCUCUCAGGGUCGUAAUUCUCAGGAGUUUAGUCAAGGGAGUAUUUUGUGCAGGAGCGGACUUGAAGGAGAGAGCUAAGAUGACUGACGCAGAAACUGGACCGUUCGUGGCAGGAUUACGCGCAAGCGUCUCGGAGGUAGCUAACCUCCCCAUGCCUGUCAUAGCGGCCAUUGAUGGCUACGCCUUAGGUGGAGGACUAGAGGUUGCCCUAGCUUGUGAUAUCAGAAUAGCAUCUGAUGACUCCAAGAUGGGUUUGGUGGAAACAAGGCUGGCUAUUAUUCCUGGUGGGGGGGGCACACAGAGAUUAACCAGAGCCAUUGGACCUGCCAAGGCUAAAGAGUUGAUCUUUGCUGCCCGAAUGUUCACUGGAAAGGAGGGAGAGCAGAUGGGGGUGGUUAAUCACAGUGUGGAGCAAAACUCUGAGGGUGAUGCUGGUUAUCAACAGGCGCUGAAACUGGCACAAGAGAUCCUCCCUCAGGGUCCUGUGGCACUCCGGGCUGCCAAGUUUGCUAUCAAUAGAGGAAUGGAGGUGGAUAUUUCUAGUGGUCUGUCUUUUGAGGAAGCAGGAUACUCACAGGUAAUUCCUACCAAAGAUCGGAGAGAAGCAAUGCAGGCAUGGCUAGAAAAAAGGAAACCUGAGUACCACGGUUACUGACUGUUGUCAAGGCAACCAUAAAAGUGAAUGUGUUUCAAGGCAGCCAUGAUUAUAAUAAUUAUGAGAUGAAAAAUCUUUACUUAUCCCAGAGUUAAUUGAAUUAAGAUUGUAUAAUUAUGUAACGUGUUGCAUGAAAUAGUACUGACCACAGAAAGAGUGCUGAAUUUCAAUUAGAAAUAACUAUUUUUAAAAAGUUUAUACAUAUACUUUACAAGUGUUGUUAUUAUUGUUCAAAAUAUGUGAUCAUUUAUAAAAUACUAGUACAUAAUAA